AUGCAAUCGAUAGCACCCUGCCCUGAAGAAGACCAAUUCUCCGCCCUCGUGCCCCGCGACACCUCCGACCUCCACGGCUUCUGUCACGGCUGCCCAUUACGCCGACACAAGUCAGAACACAAGGCCAACGAGGGCUCGCUGCAGCUGCGCGCCGACUGGGAAAAGUACGUUGGGCCGAUCGAGCGAUGGGGAUCGUGUAAUCCGUGGGAGGGCCACUUUGGGGCUGUCGUGCUGCCCUGCUGCCGCCCGGAGCGGAUGGCCAUUGUCAAUUACAUCUUUGAAUAUGCCUUCAUGUACGAUAACGUGGUCGAGUCGGCCGCCAAAUCCACCAUCAACGCCCACGCAGACGACAUCGCCUUGGACGAGACGGAAUACCGCACCGUGCGCUCCGUCACCGGCACGAAACAGGUGCAGUCCAAGAUGCUGCUGGAGCUGUUCGCCAUCGAUUCGACCUGCGCCCAGGUCGUGCUCGACUCGUGGAAGACGAUGAUCAACACCACCGCGACCAAGGACAAGACGCGCGCGUUCCGAGACUGGGAGGAGUAUGUGGACUAUCGCAUUAUCGACACGGGAGCACCCUUCGUCGACAUGCUCAUGCGCUUCGGGAUGGGCUUCGUGCUCACCUCCGAGGAGCAAGCCAGCAUCGAGCCCGUGGUGCGCCCGUGCUACGCGGCGCUGGGCCUGGCGAACGACUACUUCUCCUUCGACGUGGAGUGGGAGGAGUUCCAGCACUCCGCGGAGACGACCAUGACCAACGCCGUCUGGCUGUGCAUGCACUGGCACGGGGUCGACGUCCCCGCAGCCAAGGAAAUGGUGCGCCAGGUCACGACCAACUUCGAACGGGAGUUCCAGCAGCGGGUGGCUGAGUAUAUCGCUGGCGAUGGACGGGAGAAUCGGAAGGUGCAGGUCUACCUGCGUGCUUUGGGGUAUCAGAUUCCCGGCAACGUGGCGUGGAGUCUGCGGUGUCCGCGGUAUCACCCGCAUCUCGUUCAGGAGGCCGGGCGUUUACUUGAGGAGAGUAUGCAGACCGCGUCAGAUGAAGGAUAUGAGUCGCCCGUGCAGGAGCACGUUAAGCGCGCGAGUGUGUCUGAGGAGAGCGAGUCGAGCGACUCGUCGGUCUGGUCGGGCGCGAACUCGCCGCGCUCGUCGAUCUCGUCUGCUUCGGAGGAGGAGCGGGAGGUUGGGGAGGUCAAGCUGGGAUCUGAGCACCUCUCCAGCCCAGCCGAGUACAUCGCCGCGCUGCCGUCCAAGGGCGUUCGCGAAGCGUUCAUCGACGCCCUGAACGUCUGGCUCAUGCUCCCCGACCGACAAGUGACGCUGCUCAAAUCCAUCGCCAAGACCCUGCACAACGCCUCGUUAAUGCUGGACGACAUCGAAGACUCCUCCCCGCUCCGCCGCGGCCAGCCCGCCACGCACACCGUAUACGGGGUUGGCCCCACCAUCAACUCGGCCAACUACCUCCUCCUGCAGGCCCUGGACGAGGUGCGUGGGCUUGAAGAGUGCGACAGGCAGUGUCUGGACAUCUACAGCGAGGAGAUGCGCAACCUGUUUACCGGGCAGAGCCACGAUGUGUACUGGACGCGCGAGGCGGUCUGUCCGUCGGAGGCGGAGUAUAUGGAGAUGAUCCGACAGAAAACAGGUGGCCUCUUCCGCCUCCUCGCGCGACUGAUGAUCGCGACCGCACCUGCGCAGCGCAAUCGAGAUAUCCCCCUCCUUCCCUUGAUCGACAACUUAGGCGAAUACUUCCAGAUCCGGGAUGAUUAUAAGAAUCUUACUGAAGAGUAUACCGACCAAAAAGGCUUCUGCGAGGACCUCGACGAGGGCAAGUUCUCUUUCCCCCUUCUCCAUGCGCUGCGGGCGCAGGAGCAGGAGAAGAACGAUCAGCUUUGGAAGAUGUUGGAGCAGGGCCGAGCACCAGGGACGAUGGACGUGGCGAUGAAACGGCGGGUGUUGGACAUACUACACGAGAGUGGCAGCGUGGAGUACACGCGGAAGACACUGCAAAGGAUAAUGGGGGAGAUCCACGGGGGCAUGGGGCGGGUGGAGCGGCAGACGGGCUGUGUAAAUUGGGUGUUGCGGUUGUUGGUGAUGCGGUUGGAGGUUUGA